UGAGAGUCUGAGAACUCGUGGAGGCGAGAUGAUGGCACGGUCGGCAGGAAACCGGGGAACGAACCGUCCGAAAAACCGGUUCGUGAACGUUCUGCCUUUCGACCAUACUCGAGUAAUUCUCAGCUCCGUUGAAGGCGUGGAUUUCAGUGACUACAUCAACGCGAAUCAUAUCUCGGGCUACAACUCCAAUGGAGAAUUCCGUGGUCGAGAGUACAUUGCUACCCAAGCGCCGUUGAAGAACACGGUCAACGAUUUCUGGCGGCUAUGCUGGGAGUUGAAUGCCACGUGCGUCGUCAUGUUGGCCCGUUACGUAGACCGACCUUCGUCCCCGGAUGACUUCAAUCCUUUCCAAUUCAGUCGCCCAGAUCGGGAAGAAUGCACGCAUUACUGGCCAAGCACCUCGAUUUCGGAAAUGUAUGGUGAAAUUGAGGUCGAAGUCAUGUCCGAAAUUCUGGACGGGUAUCGACGCUCGCCUCACAAAUGGAUCAUCUCCGAGUUGAAACUCCGCUACAAAGAGCAGGAAAGACGCCUUCGUCACUACCAGUUUCUAACUUGGACCCAUUUGGAGUCCGUCGACCCACCCGAAGCGCUUGUCCACUUCGUCCGAGAGGUUCGGAAGUAUGCUCCCUCUCCGAUUCUGGGAAACCCAUCCAACGCGCCCCUCAUUGUCCACGGGAGCGCAGGCGUCGGUCGCACUGGGACCUUCAUUGCGGUCGAUAUUGCAUUGAAUCAAAUCGAGAAGAAGAAAGCCGUCAAUAUUGCCAGCAUCGUGAGUCAAAUGCGGGCGCAAAGGGUUGGAAUGGUUCACACGGAGCCCCAGUACGUCUGCAUUUACAAAUGUGUCAUCGUAACACUUGAUGAAAUCGAGGCUAACGGCAUUGAAUUUGGCGACCCUGCGCCGGGCAACCAUUUCGAAAGAGUUGUCCCCGAUCGAGAAGAGGCUUCGCAGCCUCUCCAACAUUUAGGUCUCUAUGAUUUUGACCGAGCAGCAAAUCCUAAUUUAUUAUGUUAGCAAUAUGUAAUUGACUAAUAAAUGAAUGGGAUUUACUUCACUCA